GCCAUUGUCCUCCUUUCACCUAGGCGCCUGUAGACAACCCCGUUCCUUCGGCUACGCGCUCAAUUAUCAGUAUUAGAAACGUCGUAAAUAUACGCACGCUCACUUAAGAUGCCGGCUAUCAUCCCCGCGCCGCCGCCGGAGAUUCCAGGCUUCCAGAUUCCCCAUCAGGACGCUCAACCACUCAAAGAAACAGUUGCGCGUCUACUGGAACGCGACAACCCGCGCUUUCCAGGCGCGCAACCCGUAUCCUUCGCUCGCGAACACGUAAAAGAGCUCCAACAAAAUGAAUACUUCAUGUGUGAGAAGACGGACGGCUUGCGAUGUCUCCUCUUCCUACACUGGCAAGACGGGCCACAAGGGUUUGAGCCGUGUACUUUUCUGAUCGACCGAAAGAACAACUACUACGACAUACAGCCUCCGUUCCGGAUACCUCACUAUAUGCAUCCGGGAGAGAAGGGCCCGUUCUUGUUUGGGACGAUUCUGGACGGCGAAUUGGUGCACGAUCAAUACCCAGGCGAAGCUGCGCCGCGCCUAAACUUUUACGUCUUCGACUGCUUGGUAGUUAACGAACAGAAUGUGACUGGUCGGACACUAGACAAGCGGUUGGGGCGGUUGCACGAUUGGGUCAUCAAGCCUUAUGAAGCCAAUCUAAUGAAAACUUUUGGUAAAAACAUCACGCCCGACCACCUCAAGCCAUUCGCUCUCAAAGGCAAGAAGACAUACGCUGCCUAUAGACUCGAAGACAUGUUUAGCAAUAUCCUCCCAAACCUCAGACACGGAAACGACGGUCUGAUCUUCACAUGCGUAUCGACGCCAUACCAGUUCGGCACGGAUAGGCACAUCCUCAAGUGGAAGCCUCCUCAUGAGAACACAAUCGAUUUCAAGCUUCGCCUCGGCGAAUUCCCACUCAUCGACCCCGAAGACGGCGAAGGCGGCAAAAUCCCCGACUACGACGCCAUGCCCAACCCUCUAGAACUGCUCGUCAUGCACAACCAAAACAACUACCAAUGCUUUGCGACUCUUUCCCUCUCACAGGCCGAGUGGGAGACGCUUAAGUCUCUCAAUCAGCGUCUGGACGGCCGUAUAAUAGAGUGCUACCGCACAGAGCAAGGUCAAUGGAAAUACAAGGCAGAAGCCGACGGUACGCCGCGCUGGCGAGACGAUAAGAAAGACGCAAACCACAUCAGUACUGUGAAUAGCGUACUUGAGAGCAUUGAGGCGCCUGUGACAGAGAUGGACCUCUUGGCAAAUGCGGAAAACAUCAAGCGCGCCGUGUACGGGAUACAAGGCAAGCUGGAUCAGUACCGACCACCACAAGAUAGCGGCGAACGAGAUGCUAAGAAGCGCAAGCUAAGUGAAGCGGGCCUCAAUGGCCACUGAGGACGUUAUUGAUAUCGCAGCCACUAACCUCGGUUUGUUUGAUUUGUGUUUUGCAAAAGCGUUCAGUGUGGAUUUUUAACGUACCCAUGGGCUUUUAGGUGCAGGAGUUUAGAUUCUGGUAUUUGGCACUAUUGGCAGGAAAUGAUACCCAUGCGUUA